GCUGCAUCGCCCCGGCCGCAGCUGGGAUUCUGCCAUUCCACAGCAGGCAAGCAAACAGGCAGCUAGCACUGUCCGCCUCCCAGUUCCCACAGCACGGCCACUUCCAGCACCGAACCGUGAGCCUGAGGCAGAGCUCGGAUUUUCUCCCCGAUGUGAGCAUACCGUUUCAGGAACUAACCAUUACCUGAGCUAAAAUGAGAACAGCAGAAGAUUCAUCAGGUACGGUCCUGCACAGACUGAUCCAGGAGCAGUUGCGGUAUGGGAACCUUACGGAUAACCGCACGUUGCUGGCCAUCCAGCAACAGGCAAUGAGAGGAGGGUCCAGCAGCCCCCGGUCCUCUUUGGAAAGCCUCACUCAGGAGGAGAGUCAAAUUGUCCAGCAUUCCACCCGGCAGGAGCCACAAGGUCAAGAGCACCAGGGUGACCAUGCUCACUCAGAAAACCUGCUACAUCGCCUACACCAGCUUCAAUUCAAUGGAGAAGAACUCCCCUCUUAUGAAGAAGCCAAAGCCCAAUCUGAGCUACUGGCUGUGCAGAGGAACCAACAGUCUGUGGGCACAGGUUCUUAUGUGGUUGCUGGAACAAAUCAGAAGGCCAGCACUGAAGACAAGUCAGUGACACGUGAAGUCAGUCCAGAGCAUGUGCUUCAUGAUGAUGCACUGAAGGAAUUGAAACAUGGACAUGUGCGGUCUCUCAGCGAGAGACUCUUGCAACUUUCUCUCGAGAGGAAUGGAACCAAAGGCCAGGUGACCAUGAGUUCCUCACACAGCUUCCCCCAGCUAUCUAGAUAUCAGAGGCAGCCAGUGCGGGCAGGAUCUCAGAUGCCCUGUCAUUCCAUCGAGGCCCGGGGUCCUCCCCCAGAAUACCCCUUCCCCGUGAAGUCUGCAGCUCCUGUGCUCAGUCGUUCCCAGCAGCAUGGUUACUUUUACGAUAUGUCUGCCACUCCAUAUUUCAACUCCCAGCAGGAUGUGCCUGGUGACUAUGGUUACAGCUACCAGAUAAGAGCAGAAAGGAUGUCUCAAGCUCAAACUGUACAUCCUGGCCAGCCACGGAGGCACAGCUUCCUGCCCACUUCAACUUCUUCACCCAUGGAAGCAGUGCUGGUUACUGAAGCCCCUCAUGACAGCAGCCAGACGGUGACAGUUGAUCAUGUGGCACUCAUUAACCGUGCCCAACAAAUGGUCGAGAUGCUGCUGAAGGAGAAUGAAAACCUGAGGAAGGAGCUUGAUGGCCACACUGAAAAAUCAGCAAAAAUCCAAAAGUUGGAGAGAGAAAUCCAGAGGAUUUCUGAAGCCUAUGACAACCUCAUGAAGGCAUCUUCCAAAAGGGAAGCCCUGGAAAAGACGAUGAGAAACAAAAUGGAAAGUGAGAUCAGGAGACUUCACGAUUUCAACCGUGAUCUGCGAGAAAAGCUUGACUCUGCCAAUAAACUGUUGACCAGCAAAGAAUGUGAGAUCUCAGAAGACGGUCAGAGCAUUGUCAGCAGGCUGAUUGUCCAAAAUCGAGAACAGCAGCAAGAAAAGGAGCAGCUUCGAAGGGAAUUAAGCUUGUCCCGUAACAGGAAUGAAGAACAACACAAGCGAAUGGGGCUCCUUGACCAGGCACUCAACAGCACCCAGUCCAAAGUAGUUCAGUUAGAAGAUGAGCUGCGGAAGAAGCAAGCAUAUGUGGAAAAGGUGGAAAAGCUCCAGCAUGCACUAUCACAGCUGCAGGCAGCCUGUGAGAAACGGGAACAGCUCGAACUGCGACUGAGGAACCGACUGGAGCAGGAAUUGAAGAGCCUGCGAACACAACAGCGUCAGGCAAUGACCCACAGCUCAGGAACCACAGAAUACAGUGGUCCCGCUCUGAUGGAGCUGCUCAGGGAAAAGGAAGAACGGAUCCUGGCCCUGGAAGCUGAUAUGACCAAAUGGGAACAGAAGUAUUUGGAGGAGAGCACCAUGCGGCAGUUUGCAAUGGAUGCUGCAGCCACUGCAGCUACCCAGAGAGACACCACAAUUAUCAAUCAUUCCCCUCGACACUCGCCAAACAGCAGCUUCAAUGAUGGCUCCUUGGAGAAACCUGUUUACUACCAGAGGGGAGAGAUCAUUGUGAGCAGUCAUCGAGAUCAAGAGAUGGAGAGCAGGAUCAAAGCCUUGCACGCCCAAAUCCUGGAGAAGGAUGCCAUCAUCAAGGUGCUCCAGCAGCGCUCAAGAAGGGAACAGGUAAAAGCUGAGCAGCCUGCUCUCCGCCCAGCACGCUCUGUUCCAUCCAUCACAUUGGCUACAGGAGUGAGCCACGCCAGUUCUGUCAACCAACUGAACAAUGAACAAUUUCUUGACAAAACAACAAAAGGCAUGUCAGGUACUUUCAGCAAAGGUCCGAUGGAGGAUCCAGCCGCCACUUUGGCCGUGCACUCAGUGACAUUCCAUGCCAAACACGGGAGCAGGGACGGUAGCACACAGACUGAGAAAUUGGUAGAGAUUGAACAUACAGCCUCAGGCCAGGGAAACCCAGAGGAUAGCGAGGCUGGAAUCUGCUUGCAAGUAACCAAACCUCCAGCCAUUUCAUUAGAUACUUCACAGCCAGUGACACAGAUGGUCUCCAGCAAUAGUAGAAGCCAGGAAUCAUCAGACAGCGAAAUGGUUGAAAUUCUUAUCUGAACAAGACUCUGAUGGCAAGAAACAGAGGACUUUGGUGAAACAUAAACAUUUCCUUCUUUGGAAAGCCUUUCUUUAUCCUCAGCCCAGAUGUCAAAACAAUGGAAACAAGAAGAAAGUUCUGUGCACUUUGGGACGGAGCUUUAUAGUUGGACGAGGGGGUGGUGUGGAAUGCAGGGCUGGGGAGAUGUAGCCUUCAAUAACCAUAUGCAUAAGCUGCUAUGAAGACUGUUGUACACGUGGGAAGAGCUGUGCUAUCCAUUGUGCCAAGUGUGUACCUACCCUGAGUGACAGGUGACACUCACGAACUAACUUAAAAUGAGUCAACCUGCUGUGAAGCUGCAUUCUGUGAUGAACACAAACGUCUCGUAGGAGGUGACAGUAUUUUUUCACACAACUGCCAAGUAAAAAGCUUCACAGCAGCAUAAAUAUAUAAAUAAGUAUGAAUAUACAAUACUAGUGGUGCUAUUACAGAAUAUAUACUGUAUGUAAAGCUGUAAUUCCAAUUUGUUUAGCACCUGUUUUGUUUCAGCUUUAGACACUGUGCAAUUCUCUGCUGUUACUAAAACAUCAUUUAAAAGCUAACUUCAGUUCUCUACUGGCAGCUGAUACUUUCACUCCAACAUUAUCAUUGCUCAGCUGUAUGCUUUCUUCUCUUGUCCAUAUACCAUGGGACUAUUGCUUAACGGUUACAUUUAAAGUGCAUAAGUUCCACUCAGAUCUGAACACUUCCCAAACUUUCCAUUCUUGACUUGGAGAUUCUUGCAUACACUUUUUCCUGGACAGGAAUCAAGCAGCUUCCCCCUUUGUUACACACUGUUUGUGACAGAGCACACACUGUUGCUGCUGCUAAAUCUCAACACUUAGUCACAAUCACACUUCAUAGAACAUCCUUUUAUAAGUCUUUGUAGUGGCCAAGUGUUCUGCCAUUGUGCUGGUGCAUGCAAUGAAAUGUCUUCAUUCACAGUGCAGUGACACUGCAAUACACACCUUCCUCAAUAAGAUAGACAUUUUUUUUACAAGAAAAGAAUGAAUCUGUCAUCUGAUGCCAUGUGCAAGGGUCUCCAAGUAAGAGCCAGUUGGUUCGAUGCCAGUCUUUGUACAGAACAAACCCCUGGUUGGCAAGCCCUCUGUAGGUGCACCGUACCUGGCAGAGCAUGCUCCCAUCAGCAGAUAGUCCUGUGCUCCUUUUAAUUAAAAAUCAUAAUGGGUGUGUAUGAGCAUCUGAUUCUAGGACUUGGACAGCCAGGCCUCUGAGCCAGAGAGCAUGAUGGUCCCAGCAUGCCCGCAUUGAUUGUAUUCAAGAAAACACUGCUCCUCUUGGGGCGGUGGGGGGGGGGGGGUGAGGUCCUCUGUCAACUUGUGCUUCCAGAAGGGGAGGCAAUAGUGUAGUGGUAUUAAUUCUGGACUGUUCAUCCAGACACCCAGAGUUGAUCAGAGUUCAAAUCCCACCAUGGCCAAUGGUCAAAUUCGAAUUCAGUCAAGAUCUGGAAUUAGGAGUCUAAUGAUGACCACGAAACCAUUGUUGAUUGUUGGAAAAACACAUCUAGUUCUGUAAUGGUGUUUAGGGAAGGAAACUGAUGACCUUACCUGGUCUGGCACUUGAUGUGACUGCAGACCCACAGCAAUGUAGUUCUCUCAACUGCCCUCUGGGCAAUUACAGAUGGAAAUAAAUUUUGGCCCAUACAGUGAUACUCUCAUUCCGUGAAUGAAUAAAAAAGAUAUCUUUCUGUGGUCACAGCCACUGACAUUGCCACUCCGAACAACUUGGGUGAUGUCUGGAUGUGGGAACUGCAAUUUCUAGGUGGAGGUCUCAUUCGUAUUGUAACCACAACGGAAAUGUGAAAGAUCCUUUCCAGAGUGGGUCCUCUCCCCUGCAAGUGAAGGUAUAACUCUUGUAAUUGACUGUCCAUAUGGGUCCCAUUUAUUAUUGGGAUUGGCGUGUGUAUCUGUGCUCUGUGGCCACUUGCUGUGAAUGUGUCUCACUUCCCUGGGGAUAUAGCAGACUUCACCAGGAUGAUAUAGGGCACUACUAUAAGGCAGGAGGUUUAACUCAGUGGUAGCUGGUUUCUGCCACAGUUAUUAUUUUCACUCAUUUACAAAACUAGACAAAUCUUGGAAGCCUGGAUUGUGGAUCAGGAUCAAAAGCCUUGGUUUGAUUAUCUAAUGUUUCAUUUCUCACUGACUGAAACUGGACUAAGGCCAAGAAAAUACCAGGGACAAUUCCAAUUCUUGGUGGCUGUGCCCUGACACAUUCCAGGAAGCCUGAGUUUGGAGCUAUCAGACAGGAGGGGACGGGUGAUGCCACACCUAAGUAGUUGGCAAACAUCUGGGCUUAUGACCUGAGUGGGUGAGGAUCCAAAGCAAGUUAUCGGAUCUUCAUCCAAGCAAGAGCCACAACAUGCAGAAAGGGAUGUGGAUGGGAAACCAGAUUUGGGGUAUUAAUUUUCACUAUAUAUUUCAGCUUGUGUGGGCUGUGACACCAUCAGAAGUGACUGGGAUCUGGACAAUAGAGAGAAUUGACUUUGUUCAGGAGCUGGAAUGGCUGAGUUACUUAGAUAAAGACCUUUCUCCAAUAAUGUGCAAUUGCUGGCCAUUGCCUAUACUUCAUUCGUGACAGCAUUCACACCGUUUACAAAAAAAAUUGUGAAGCAAAAAUAAGAAAAAAAUGUUAAUAUAUUUUGUAUGAAUAUUUGUACCUGACACCGGCUAUAUUUUAGUGCCAUUGAACUUCAUGCCAAAGAUGACAAGCUGCAUUAUUAUUGAGUAAGUUAUGUAAGUAUUUAAGUGUAAACUCAAGAUUUGUGUUAAGGCACCAUAUCCUGGGAUUGUUGCACAUUCUGUAUGGUUGUGCAUUUGUUUGAAAUUAUUGAUGUGAACUUGCAGACUUGAGGAUUUUUGUAUUGAAAUGUCAGCAUACAUUUCAGUAAUAAAAUCGGAAAUUAGCUAUGA